AUGCCGCGGGGCCGCCCCCCGAAGCCCAGGGACGGCGCGGCGCGCGGCGACUCCGAUGCCGUUUUCACCUUGAAUGCAGAGAGCGCUAACUAUGACGACCCAGUCCCAAACUUGCACACGUGUGAGAUCUGUCUACAGACUUUCCCCAGAGAGUCCCAGUUCCAGCGCCACAUGCGGGGGCACGAGCCGCAUGACAAGCCACAUCGCUGUGACCAGUGUCCCCAAACAUUCAAUGUUGAAUUCAACCUGACACUGCACAAAUGCACCCACAGUGGGGACGACCCCGCCUGCCCUGUGUGUAACAAGAAGUUCUCCAGAGUGGCUAGUCUCAAGGCGCACAUGCUGCUGCACGAGAAGGACGAGAACCUGCUGUGUCCCGAGUGUGGGGACGAGUUCGCGCUGCAGAGCCAGCUGGCCGUGCACAUGGAGGCGCACCGGCAGGAACUGGCCGGGGCCCGGCCGCACACGUGCAAGGCCUGCAAGAAGGAGUUCGGGGCCUUGUCAGAGCUCAAGGAGCACAUGAAGACUCACUGUAAGAUCAGGCUGUCAAGUACGAGGUCCUACAAUCGCAACAUCGACAGAAGUGGCUUCACGUACUCCUGUCCACACUGCGGAAAGACGUUCCAGAAGCCCAGUCAGCUGACUCGGCACAUCAGGAUCCACACAGGUGAAAGGCCGUUUAAAUGCAGUGAAUGUGGAAAAGCUUUCAACCAGAAGGGGGCGCUGCAGACACACAUGAUCAAGCACACUGGUGAAAAACCCCACGCGUGUGCCUUCUGCCCAGCUGCCUUUUCUCAGAAGGGGAAUCUGCAGUCGCACGUGCAGCGAGUCCACUCAGAGGUCAAGAACGGGCCUACCUACAACUGUACGGAAUGCAGCUGUGUGUUCAAGAGCCUUGGCAGCUUGAACACACACAUGAGCAAGAUGCACCUGGGUGGGCCCCACAGUGCCGCGCGCCCCACCGACACUGCGCAUGUCUUGACGGCCACACUCUUUCAGACUCUGCCUCUUCAGACGGCAGAGGCCCAGGUCGUGUCCACCACCGGUCAGCAGAGCGCCCAGGCAGUGACUGACGUCAUUCAGCAGCUUCUAGAACUUUCAGAGCCAGGGCCUGUGGAAUCCAACCCAUCCCCGCAGCCUGGGCAGCAGCUGAGUAUCACUGUGGGCCUCAACCAGGACAUUCUGCAGCAAGCCUUAGAAAACAGUGGGCUGUCUUCACUUCCAGUUACAGCACAUGCCAGCGACCCCAGCCACAGCAAGGCCUCUGCCACGCAGACUCAGAGCCCAGAGGUCUCCGGCGAAUGCCCUGAACCGGCGGACCCCACAGAAGCAGGGCAAGAGAAAGAGCAGGACAGCCCAGAGAAGCUGGAUAAAAAAGAAAAGAAAAUUAUCAAGAAGAAGUCACCAUUUCUACCUGGCUCCAUCCGCGAGGAGAACGGGAUACGGUGGCAUGUGUGUCCCUAUUGCACCAAGGAGUUCCGGAAGCCCAGCGACCUGGUGCGCCACAUCCGCAUCCACACGCAUGAGAAGCCCUUCAAGUGUCCGCAGUGCUUCCGGGCGUUCGCCGUGAAGAGCACGCUGACGGCGCACGUCAAGACCCACACGGGCAUCAAGGCCUUCAAGUGCCAGUACUGCCUGAAGAGCUUCUCCACCUCGGGCAGCCUCAAGGUGCACACCCGCCUGCACACAGGAGUUAGACCUUUUGCUUGUCCUCACUGUGACAAAAAAUUCCGAACCUCUGGUCAUAGGAAGACCCACAUUGCUUCUCACUUCAAACACACGGAAUUACGGAAAAUGCGGCACCAGCGAAAGCCCACGAGGGCCCGCAUUGGCAAGGCCAGCGUCCCAGUGCCCGACAUUCCUUUGCAGGAGCCAAUUCUCAUAACGGACUUGGGUCUUAUCCAGCCCAUCCCGAAAAACCAGUUUUUCCAGAGUUAUUUUAACAAUAAUUUUGUCAGUGAAGCAGACAGACCGUACAAGUGUUUCUACUGCCACCGUGCGUAUAAGAAGUCUUGCCACCUUAAGCAGCAUAUCAGGUCCCACACAGGCGAAAAACCCUUCAAGUGCUCUCAGUGCGGGAGGGGUUUCGUGUCUGCAGGAGUGCUCAAGGCCCACGUACGCACACACACAGGGCUCAAGUCCUUCAAGUGCCCCAUCUGCAGUGGGGCUUUCACCACGGGGGGCAGCCUGCGGCGCCACAUGGGCACCCACAACGACCUCCGGCCCUACAUGUGUCCCUACUGCCAGAAAACCUUUAAGACCUCGCUCAACUGCAAGAAGCACAUGAAAACUCACAGGUACGAGCUCGCCCAGCAGCUGCAGCAGCGGCAUCAGCAGGCCACUUCCGUGGGCGACAGCACCGUGGAUCAGCAGGGCGUGCAGGUGGAGCUUGAGAGCUCUGGGCUGCAGCACACGGCUGACGCGGUGGCUGCAGACCCCGAGGCCAUGCUGGACCUGGGCCCCCCACAUGUCGCGGCUGCAGAGGACACGGCCCUUGGCCAGCCGCUGGCUGAGCAGCCUCUGGGAGCGGAUGAAGAUGGCUUUGCAGCCCGCCAGGACCCCCUCGGAGGGCACAUGGAGCGGUUUGAGGAGCAGACCCCAGCGGCACAGUCCUUUGAGCCAGCAGGGCUGUCACAAGGUUUUGCAGUGCCAGAUAGCUACAGCCAGCAGUCGCAGUUCCCCCCUGUCCAACAGCUGCAGGAUUCCAGCACACUGGAGUCUCAGGCGCUCUCCACGAGUUUCCACCAGCAGAACUUGCUGCAGGUCCCUGGCUCCGAUGCAGUGAGCGUGACAACACGGCUGAUCCAGGAGCCACCCCGGGAGGAGCUGGAUCUGCGGCCGCAGCGUCCUCUGUUUCUGGAAGACAGUGAAGAUCAGAGCCGGCGCUCCUACAGGUGUGACUACUGCAACAAAGGCUUCAAGAAGUCCAGCCACUUGAAGCAGCACGUGCGGUCACACACCGGGGAGAAGCCCUACAAGUGCAAGCUCUGUGGACGUGGCUUCGUCUCCUCUGGAGUCCUCAAGUCCCACGAGAAGACACACACAGGGGUCAAGGCCUUCAGCUGCAGCGUCUGCAACACCUCCUUCACCACCAAUGGCAGCCUCACGCGGCACAUGGCGACACACGUGAGCAUGAAGGCCUACAAGUGCCCCUUCUGCGAGGAGGGCUUCCGGACCACUGUUCACUGCAGGAAACACAUGAAGAGGCACCAGGCAGUGGCCCCUGCUGCUCCCACAGCUGGCGAGACGGAAGGAGGAGGUACUUGUAUACCAGAUGAUGAGGACAGUUCAGACAGAAACGUGCCAAGAAAGCCCCGCCCUGAGGUCAUCACGUUCACUGAGGAGGAGACGGCGCAGCUGGCCAGGAUCCAGCCCCAGGAGAGCGCCACGGUGUCUGAGAAGGUGCUGGUGCAGUCGGCUGCCGAGAAGGACCGUAUCAGCGAGCUGAGGGACGAGCAGGCGGAGCUGGAGGCCGAGCCCAAGCAUGCCAACUGCUGCACCUACUGCCCCAAGAGCUUCAAGAAGCCCAGCGACCUGGUGAGGCACGUUCGGAUCCAUACAGGAGAAAAGCCAUAUAAAUGUGAUGAGUGUGGGAAGAGUUUCACUGUAAAGUCUACGCUUGAUUGCCACGUGAAGACUCACACAGGUCAGAAGCUCUUCAGCUGCCACGUGUGCAGCAAUGCCUUCUCCACAAAGGGCAGUCUGAAGGUCCACAUGCGCCUGCACACGGGGGCCAAGCCUUUCAAGUGCCCACACUGCGAGCUGCGCUUCCGCACGUCUGGCCGACGCAAGACACACAUGCAGUUCCAUUACAAACCCGACCCCAAGAAGGCCAGGAAGCCUGCGGCUCCAGCGUGCUCCGAGGGCCUGCAGCCCGUCAGCCUGCUUGGCACCGCCUCCUCUGACCCCAGCGUGUUCAUCAUGAACAACUCUGUCCUCACUGGGCAGCUCGACCAGAGUCUGCUGCAGCAAGGGCUGGUGGGACAAGCUGUUCUCCCUGCCUCCGUGUCAGCUGGAGGUGACCUAACGGUGUCCCUGACGGACGGCAGCUUGGCCGCCCUGGAAGGCAUCCAGUUACAGCUGGCUGCUAACCUAGUCGGCCCGAACGUCCAGAUCUCUGGGAUUGAUGCCGCCAGCAUCAACAACAUCACUUUGCAGAUUGACCCAAGUAUUCUGCAGCAAACGCUACAGCAGGGUAACGUGUUGACGCAGCAGCUUGCGGGGGAGCCUGGCGUGGCCCCGCAGAACAGCUCUGUUCAGGCCCCAGACAGCUCUGUUCCUGCCAGUGUUGUCAUCCAGCCUAUCUCGGGCCUGUCCCUACAGCCCACAGUGACCUCCGCCAACCUGACCAUAGGCCCGCUGUCUGAGCACGACUCCGUGCUGACCACCAGCAGCAGUGGGACACAAGACCUCACGCAGGUGGUGACCUCUCCAGGGCUGGUGUCCACCUCCACUGGUCCCCACGAGAUCACCCUGACCAUUAACAACUCGAGUCUGAGCCAGGUCCUGGCGCAGGCCGCCGGGCCCGCCACCUCGUCGGCUUCGGGGUCCCCGCAGGAGAUCACCCUAACAAUCUCUGAGCUGAAUCCUGCAAGUGGGAGCCUGCCUUCAUCCACACCCAUGUCCCCGUCAGCCAUUUCCACUCAGAACCUGGUCAUGUCUUCAUCGGGUGUUGGGGGAGAUGCCAGCGUGACACUGACCCUGGCGGACACUCAGGGCAUGCUGUCGGGAGGCCUGGACACGGUGACACUCAACAUCACAUCUCAGGGCCAGCAGUUCCCAGCAUUGCUCACGGAUCCUUCUCUGGCCAGCCAAGGAGGAGCAAGUUCCCCGCAGGUCAUAUUGGUGAGCCACACCCCGCAGGCGGCAGGUGGCUGCUGUGAGGAGCUGGCCUACCAGGUGACCGAUGUCUCGGCUACCUUGGCCCAGGGCAGCCCUCCCGAGAAAGAGGGCCGCAUGCGCCAGUGCCUGGAGUGUGACCGCGCCUUCUCGUCAGCUGCCGUGCUCCUGCACCACAGCAGGGAGGUGCAUGGCAAGGAGCGCAUCCACGGCUGCCCCGUGUGCAGGAAGGCCUUCAAGCGUGCCACGCACCUCAAGGAACACAUGCAGACGCACCAGGCAGGCCCUUCCCUAAGCUCCCAGAAGCCCCGAGUGUUCAAGUGUGACACCUGUGAAAAGGCCUUCGCCAAGCCCAGCCAGCUGGAGCGACACAGCCGCAUCCAUACAGGGGAGCGGCCCUUCCACUGCACGCUGUGCGAGAAAGCCUUCAACCAGAAGAGCGCGCUGCAGGUGCACAUGAAGAAACACACGGGCGAGCGGCCCUACCGUUGCGGCCACUGCGCCAUGGGCUUCACGCAGAAGAGCAACAUGAAACUGCACGUGAAGCGGGCACACAGCUACACAGGAGCCUUGCCGGAGUCCACGGGGCCCCAGGAGCCAGACGGAGAGGUGCUGCGGACACUGCACUUGGAGGAGGUGGUUCAGGAGGCUGCGGGCGAGUGGCAGACGCUCACCAACGUGUUUUGAAGCCGCCAGCUGGGCGUGUGCAAGGACCCUGGCGCACGGCAGCGGCGUGGUGGAAUGCCUGUCUCAGGGCUUCAAGCGUUCAACACGCGGGCGUUUUUUAGCUACAUGGUUACCUACCAAAUCAUUGUCUAUCUGAGACUGAGAGGAGGGGAGCUGGGAAAGGCAUGGGUGUGGCACCAUGCCCCAUCUACAGAUGGCUGAACUCAGGGUACACGGGAGGCUGUCCUGUCCGCCGCUCCGCAGCCAGCGUGCCUGCUUAGGGCAGAAGCUGAUCGAUUCGUCCUAUCAUUGUCACGUGAUUCCUCGAAUUGGCAAAGACAGAAGUGACCACGGACGGGGCGUGAGGUGCCCGUCGUGUUUUCUGCUAGGAGAAGUGUAGCUUACGAGACAAGCCUAAGCUAGGUGAAGCUCGAAGCAGUGUCCCACCGCACGGGGGAUUGCCAGUUUUUUCUAAGAAGUUGACUGUGUAAUCGCCGGAAGCGAGCGUUGAGCAGCAGUUUGAGAGCCGGCCGGCCCAGCGCUCUCCUUCGCACAUCUCAGCCCCUCAGAGCAGUGGAGCUGCCCCGGCCAGCCGGGCCCGGGCCUGCCGCGGGCGGGAAGGGAAACACGCCACAAGCCAUCUGCGACAGGUGCGCCCCGGCUUCUCUCCCUGGGGGUGUCUCUUAUUCAGGGAAUUCUUAGUAUCAUCAGUGGUGCCACAGGAAGCAUGUCCCAGACUCAGCCCGACCCACGCUCGGCCACGCGGCCUGCCAGAGCUGGCAAGGGCCUCCCCUCCCCCGCUGCUUCUCCCCUCCCCCACGGUUAUUUAUAUGUUGUGUACAUAGCCAGCCUCGUCCGGGCGGGCCGGGCCUGGGCCGCACCGGGGCUGUGUAAAUAGGUCCAGGGGCGCACUCCUGCCCGCCAGCACUUCAGCCAGUAUUGCGUUCUUUGUCCUGCUAAAUGGGUAUCUUCCACUGUAAUAUAAAGCUGGAUUUCAUUUUAUUUUUAUUUCCUGGGAAAUAAUUGCCUUUAUUUUCUGUCAUUGCUUCCUGGAUUUUGAAGCAAGUGGUUGUAUUGUACAUACGUGUGCACUCUGGAGUCGGAGAGAGCUCGUUGCGGACUGCACGGGCAAGAGGCGUUCCGUGGCUUCCGGGCGUCUGCUCGUGCUGGCCUUCGGCAUGUGUACAUACGUAAUAUUGAUGGUGAUAUGAAAACUUUUGUUACGUGAAGAUAUUUAAGUCGGAAAACUGUUAAAUAAUAUUACUUUUUUCCAAACUGCUUUGUGUAUUGUAUAUUUUUUUAAGAAAACAGAAGCCUUAUUUGACUUAUUCGAAGCCCCGGCCUUUCCCCGAAUGUCAGUGUGUGCAGCUGGCUCUCAUCAGAAUGUUCAGAAAAACUGUCGUUGCGCUAGAAUUUUAAAGGUUCUGCUUUUAAUGCACUUUCUUUCUUUAUAAUUUUGUAUUAAGAUUUUUUUAAAAUGUCAAUUUUGGUGAACAAAUAUUCCCUCAAAGUUGCAAUUAUUGGAAUUUAAAUUUUUCAUUGUUGCUGGACUAUUUAUUUUGCUUUUAGCAUUCAAUGCCAUCUCAGGACACCUCUUCACAAGGUGGUUUGACUUCCAAAUUGUAUAGAAAGCCUCGUCGGGUGAACUGUGUUAAUUCAUUGUGCCUGUGUCAGGCCUUAACAGGUGAAGCUAAAGCCUGUUUUUAGUUUGCCUAAAGAAAAAGAAAUCUUUCAGUCAGCUGAUGUAUGUCUUCUCUCAGAUUCUUGACAGCCCCACACGAGACAGUCCCUUCUUGGUCUGACCCACUGCCUCAGCACCUGCAGAUGUGAGGGUUUGAAGAGAUGGGAUUCACUUGAGUCCUGUGGUUUCCGGUUCGUCUGUGUGCUGUCCUGACUGAGCGGUCCGCUAGCAGGGGCUUCCAGCUGUGUGCAUGGUUCUGAAAGCUGUAUUGCAGAACUAUCUCUUCGUAUCAGAUCUUCCUUGGAAUACCUGUGAAUUUUAAAAUGACAUUAGGAAAUGUGAUUCAUGUCUUUUCUCUAAAAAUACUACAGGCAGAAUAACAGUUCAUUGUGUGAGUUAAUCCCAAGGUCGGGCACGUUUCAUAGAGAAUUGGAGUGUUAUUUUCCUUACCUCCAUGAAGUCUGGGCAGGGCAUGGUUGUCCUGCGGCCUGAUGCCCAGGGCCCAUGCACAGUCCCAGCUGUCUCCAGUCGCUGUGGCAGACUGUGCCUCGCUGUCACGGCCUUGACAUUCGGAGCUGUCUGUUACCCCACCAUCAUGGUGAAAUCAUUGCUGAACACUCCGUAAGCUGGAAGGAAGGAGUCCCAAAGACACUCAACUCAGGUGCAGUGUGUGGCCGCGGCCACAGUGCCACCGUGCAGCCCAGCUCCUCCCUCCUGCUGCAUGGCCUCCGGGAGUCAGCCAAGUGCCCUGCCUGCUGGCCACGGGUGGCACUGCAAGGCUGAGACAUGUGCAGCGGGGGGGCCCAGCGCACCAGUGCUGCCCCAGCUGUCCCUAGGUGUCUGCAGCCUCCUGUGUUGGGCUUAAAGCCCAGCUCGUGUCCCUUUGGCCUCCCUUGACACGAUGGCCCCAGGUGCCCUUGUUAGCGCAGGUGCGAACUUCCUGGAAGUAGGUGUCGAUUCCUCCCGUUCAUCCUGGAAGAUUCGUCACUUCCUAAGCUAGACACUUUGACUGGAAAGGCCCUUUGUGGAGUGACGUUUUCUUGAAGGAAAUAUCAAAGAUACAGAGAACUGCUUCCUAUUGACUAUCAUUUAGGGAUGUCUCAUGCCUGCUUCUUACCCAUUUCCCCUCAAAGCUUAAUACUGUGUCCUCACCUCUCCAGAAGAGUUACCAAGUGAUACUCAUUGCUGAUUUGCUGUUUUUAAAACCUGUUGCAUAGAGAGUAAGGCAGUAGUUGAACUUUUACAGUUGACUCUCUUUUUUUUGAAAGCUGGAACAAUAGAGGGGGGGACACACCUGGAGCUCAUGCCUGCUCCUCCUAGCCAGGUGGUGGCAGCGGCCAGGGCCAGGCCAGGAACACAGCCAGCCAGCUUUCCAACCUAGCCCAUCUUCUCCUGCCUCACAGCUGUGGCAGGAAGCUGGAGCAGAAGUGGAGCAGCCAGACCUGGAGCGAGGACCCCAGGAUGGAAUACGGGUGUUGCAAGGAGCAGCUCCACCCGCCAGGCUUGGGUGACAUAAAGGCCUUUGCGUUUGCUCUUCUGUUUGUUUUUGUUUGCCUUGUUUUAAUAUAACAUUUCAAAAGAACACACUUAAGGGGCAGUCUCUCGGCCCGCCAGGUCUGCACUUUGUUCUGAUAGGUCCUGUCUGCAGUGCGAGGCAGCUCCACUUUGCUUGGCCGGUUCCCAGAGCAGGCGUCAUGCUCCAUCACCUCCUGUCCCCCCCGAGACGCACAGGUGCACGCACAGGCCACAUACAACACAGAAAUGUUGGGCUAGUGUUUGGGGUUUUUCCCUAAGAAAGACUAAUGCAUAUUGAAGACACUAAGAUAUGAAGAUUACAAGAAAUGCCGGGAAAUGGGUGGUAACAUGAAAGAUUUUGCUAUUUAAUCUUUUUUAUGUGUAACCCAUUACAGCAUGAACACUUUUGUAUUAAGCUGAGAUUUGUAUUCUCCUUGACAGAUUCUAAAAUGGCAUAGUGAUUUGUCCUUAAUUCACCACGAAAGAACAUUUUUAAUUUUUUUUUAUUUACCGAAAAGCUCUUUGUAUCUUGAGAAUUGUCUCAUGGUCUAUUUAUACAUUGGAUGAUAUUUAUUUAAUCCAAUUUUGUAUUAGAAAUGGAUAGUUAUACCAAAAGCCACUGUGGUGGCUUUAAGAAUAAUAAAAAUAGUUUUUGUAUUAUUUUAAAACUCCUGUACAUGUACUUCUUUGGGCGUGGGGUCAGCUGAGGCUGGCGUGCCGGUGGGACCUGGGCACCGGCAUGGCUGUCCCCGGGCUUCCUGAGGACUCUCUGCCCUCUCGUGAUGGGAGU